GUCGCGUCAAGGUUAUACCACACAGCCACACAGCGUUCGUGCCGACUGCGUGCAGCGUUCGGAAAAGCGAUAAACCCAGCACUUUAUCACCUAUCAUUCCAUAUCGCAGCCACCCUCAGAUAACAGCAAUGAGCGAAUUGGUCUGGGGCAUCAAGAACGGCGACCUCGAGCAGGUGAAAGACAUUGUCGAGAAAAAGGCUGUAAAUGUCAAUCAGGAGAUUGACGGACGUCCACCGAUACUCUACGCGGCUGAUUACGGUCAAAAAGCGGUGAUUGAGUACUUGAUAACAGCCGGAGCCAAUGUAAAUUCAAAAGACAAGCAUGGAAUCACGGCUAUACUGGCUGCUAUAUGGGAAGGACACAAGGAGUGUGUAAAAUUAUUGAUUGAGAAGGGUGCUUGUAAAGAUGGCGUUGCGCCCGACGGCACAAGUUACAUGGACUCAGCGGAAAACAGCGAGAUUAAAGCGAUGCUUGCCUAAACUAACCUCAAAAACGUACUUUUAAUUAAGAUUAUAAACGCUAGGCGCUAGGUUAAGGCGAAGAAGAAGAAACGAACAAGCGAGUAUUAUAUCUAGACUAGAAAUUACGAUAUAAGAUGUAUAAAACGAACUUGUCUCCGUCUUUGCGCAAGCACAACGAAACGAAAAAAAAAAACACUAAAAAUUAAAUGGUUUGACUUGCGUGCCAAACGUGUAAGUUUUCAGCGUGAAAUCAAUUCGAUUCGACGCGCGCAUAAACGUUGAGUGUGUAUUUUUGAUUUGCGAAUGUAAGCAUGUCUGUGGUCGAGUAUUUUUUAACGGCGACAAUUUCUAUAAUAAUAAUAAAAAAACACGCAGA